GUCCAGCACAAGCAUCAAAUAUAUGGAGAUAAUAUUAUCCAUGUCCGGAAAUUACCCUCGAGUCAAAACGGAAUUCCAUUAUUUGGCUAUGAAUUUUAACACCCAGUUCAACUGCGUGCUUUCUCACAAUUUUGACAACAUGUGACAUGUUGGACUAUCCAAUGGAGACCACUACAAUACACAUCAAGCUAAAUAACCAGGUCAAGAGAAUUCUUGAACAUCUUGAACCCAAUGUCACAACCAUCUUGAAUGUGUCGGCCCCUUUCCACCAUCACAUGAACAAUGCAGUGUUGGGGAUACUACUUGGGACAAUGUCCCUUCUGACGGUUAUCAUGAACCUGCUGGUCCUUUUUGCCGUCAGAAAAGAAAGGACUUUACACACAGUUGGCAACCUCUACAUAGUAAGCCUCUCGAUAGCUGACCUCAUAGUCGGGGCCACGGUGAUGCCCUUGAAUCUAGUCUACCUGCUUGAGGAUGAAUGGAAGUUGGGCCAUGUCGUUUGCCAGUUCUGGCUGGUUAUGGACUACGUGGCAAGCACAGCUUCCAUUUUUAGUUUGUUCAUUCUAUGCCUGGACAGGUAUCGCUCUGUCCGACACCCUUUACGGUAUUUAAAAUACAGGACGCGAGGAAGAGCUACAUUGUUUAUUUGUAGUGCGUGGCUUCUGUCCAUGAUGUGGACGAUUCCCAUUCUAGGAUGGCGGAUGUUUGCCAAAGUUGACAGGAAACCGGAGCUGGAGGACAAGUGUGACACAGACUUCCGGUUCGUGAUGUGGUUCAAGGUUCUGACAGCCAUCCUCAACUUCUAUAUCCCAUCUUUCCUGAUGCUGGUGUUCUACUCGCAGAUUUUCAUCGCUGUGCGAGAACAUUACAAAGAGUGGGAGAACUUUGCUGGUCCAAUGGUGAAAACAGAAGCAGAUGAUACAUUACAAAAUGGAAUGCAGUUGCAGAUAACCAAAUCAUCAGAUAGAGAUAGUUUGGGCUUACAUACAUAUUCUCAAAAAGAGGGCCUGUUGGAUCAGUACAGCUUGGAACAGCCUUACAAUUUAAAGGAAAACCCUGAGGGAAACACAGAUUCCUUUUCUGAGGUGAAGAAGAAGAGCUGUUGCAGGAAGAAAUCCAUUUUCGGUCUUUCGAAACGCAUGAGAAAGAGCAUAAAAGAGUCCAACGAAAUUUCCUCCCAGAGCGAUGAUGGAGAAACUGUUGCUGGAGACCCCCUCAGACAGCCCUCCUUAUCUCUGGGCUUUAUGCAGUCGGACAAUAACAUACAGCCUAAAACAUUCGUAAAUGUGAACGAUUGCAAUGUGUUAGUGCCAAAUUCCGUUGGCAACAUUUGUGAGAUUGUGCCUACAGAGGAUAUUCCCAAUUACACCGCUGUUUUCUGCAAUCACGGAGCGCCGCCGUCGCCACCCUCCCCAUGGGCGGAAAACAGCCCUCCGCUGGAUGCCACCAAUUCACUGCCUGUAAAGCAAACAUGGCAGAAGCUCUGCGAACAAUCUAAACAGAGCGUCCACAGCAUGCGCAUCCGUAAGGAGAGGAAAGCUGCUAGGCAACUCGGCUUCAUCAUUGGCGUCUUCAUGGUGUGCUGGAUCCCAUAUUUUAUCACCUUCAUGGUGACGGCUUUGUGUGAAACUUGUGUUCAUCAUGACCUUCACAUGUUUACAAUUUGGCUGGGGUACAUCAACUCCACUCUGAAUCCCUUCAUAUACCCACUGUGCAAUGAAAACUUCAAAAGAGUGUUUAAAAAGAUUUUUCAUCUUAAUUGAUUGAACGCUUAUACUGUAGGAGACUACUUGAACAGUGUAAAAAUGUGCUUUGAACAGUGUUUCUUGUGAUGUUGUGAGAGAUUUGUUAGUAACCACGCUGGUGUUCAUCUGUUCUCAUUUUCGGCAUCAGUGACCUUGUAAGUGUAAAGAAAUGUUGUUAUUUAUCAUUGACACACCUGCAAUCUGCAUCAGAUUAUAUAAUUUAUCUAUCGCAAAAUUGUGUCCAAUCCAGAGUGUUUUAAAACUGGGUGUAUUUAAACACCUAUACGGCUACUGUAAAAUGAAGCUUUUAGAUUUAAAAAACAUUGUGUAACUAGUUACUAAGUAAUCAGUUACUGUAAUUUAAUUACUUUCCCCUUGAAAAGUAAAGUAAAGGAUUACUCUUAUUUUUCUGUAAUUUAAUUACAGUUACUUCUGA